CCAUCAGCAGUUUUUAACGGAUGAGGGUCUCCUCGCCCUCACCACCCGUGCUGCUUCCCUCACCACUCUCAGCCUGCGCCUGCCCUCCCUCCCUGCCUCCCGGCGCUGCUCUGAAGUGGCUCUCAUGCAAGUCGCCAGUGCAUGCACCGGCCUCACUCACCUGGAGCUCUCCAACUUCCGCUGCAUGUCGGACCCGCCCCUGCACGAAUUCGUCUCGCGCUGUCCCUCUCUCGCCCAUCUCUCCCUAGCUGGCGCGUCUAUAACCGACGCCUCGUUGGACCUCAUUGCGUCUCACUGCCCCAACCUAUCGUCCCUCUCCAUCAAAUUUUGCCGCAAGCUGCUCGAGCCAGGUGUCAGGGCGUUGGCUGGCUGCACUCGGUUGGAGUCCCUCAACGCUGCUCUGGUGCCCGGGGUUUCUGACGUCUCUGCUCCGCUCUUGUUCCAAGGCGCUACAGCGUUGAAAACACUGGUGCUGAACCAGAGCCCUCUAACUGACACCUCGUUAUCGUCACUCUCCUCUCAUUGUCACGGUCUGGAGGAGCUGGCGCUGCAUGGCUGCCCCAGGCUGACCAACGAGGGCUUAAAAUCUCUGGCUUCUUCGUGCCUCUGUCUCCGCUACCUCUCUCUUAGCUUCUGCGAUCAAGUUUCGGAUGCCGGAAUCAUAUCCAUCGCCAACAAAUGCCACCACCUCAUCAAGAUCCGAUUGGACGGUUGUCGCCAGCUGUCCAAUCCCUGUGUCAAGGCCCUUUGCCGCCCAGCCUGGGCCCAGCAGGUUCGGCCGGAGCGGGACCAGGUUCGGGGAUCAAGUCAAGAUGAUUGUAAUGGGGAGGUUUUUCGCCUGCCCGGGGAGUAUGCAGCUGCUCGGUUGCGCUACUUGAGCAUGCAGAGCUGCCCAAAAAUAUCCGAUGAUAUUUUCGAUCACCUCUUAGCUGCCCCUGCAUUGAGAUUCGUUGACAUCGCCAGGGCGAGGUUGACGGAGUGGGCUAUUCAUAGCUUUCAUAGUCGUCGACCUGAUGUGGAGCUAUGCAUUAGUGGGGUCCCAUAUUGUCCAAUGGUCGACUGUUGACCACUAACAUGUAGACCUCAGUUUGUUUCUAAGACAGG